UAGAUGACUUUUAAUUUAUAUGUUUACAGAAGAUUAGAAAUACUUUCAAUUAAAGUUACUUAAUAACAUUUGCAGUGCUAGCUAUGCAUACCGGAUGAUUGAAGAAUUAUUUCACUGAUGUUCAAAUAAAAUUAUUUCCCUAAUGUCCAAAUAAAUGUUAAUUGUAGUGAUGUCAAAUAGCAUGACCUCUCUACUCUACAUCUAGCAGGUUGCUGACCACAUCAAAGGUACAGACCAAUAUUUAAUAUGCACUUUGUUUAAGGAAAUACUUAUAGAUCUACUAGAAGGAAAAAAUGAAGCUGCUGGCUAUGUUGUGUUUUUCUUGUCUCUAUUGUGUCAAUGCUGCUCAAGGGCUGGAGCAAGAGUGUACUAGAUUCAUGAGUCAAUCACUGGUCAGAUACAGAGCAAAGAAUUUAAAAAGUAGUGCAAUUGGAAGUCCCUUAACUGAGGCAGUCAGAGUCUUGCAAGAGUACCAGUUCAAUUGUUCAUCUACUAUAACCAGUCUUAUAUUGGGGAUUGAUAUAAGAGCAGGUCAUAGACUUCUUCCCAGUGUUCAGGUCUUUCGAAAAAUUGGUGGCAGCAGUCAAUAUGACCUAGUGAUUGGAAGUGAGAGAGUUAUCUAUUAUGGGACUAGUAAUGUCAGUACCAGUGGAGUGUUUGAAUAUCCACUCAAUCCUCCUGUACCAGUAAUGAGUGGAGACCUGCUAGCUGUAUCACAACCAUCUCCAGCCUUUAGCAUAGCUAGAGUGCAUUACAUUGAUAAUGUUCCAGGAGUCAGAUUCAGUAGCAGCCAACAUGCAUUUGGCACUAGAAGUGGUGUCAACUUAAACAACUCUUUAAUCACCAAUCAGUUGAUCUUAGUUUAUCCAGUAACAGAUGGAUACUGUGUUAACAGUAUCAAUUCAAUCACUCCUUCAAUUGUUAGAGAAUAUGGUUUUAAAGUUCACCAAUCACAAAUUUUUUCCAGUAGACGGCAGUAUUUAUAUCCUGACAUGCUCUUCUCUUGCAAUGGAUCAGUUACUAAAUUCACUUUC